AUGGGAUGGUGCUGUGAGCCCCUGGCCAGAGCUCACAGGACAUGGGCCUGGUCCCAGAGUCCCUCGGAAGGCCCCUUUCAUGAAGCCUACAUUUUCCUGCAGUGCUUCCGGAAGUUGGAGCUGCCCGAGGAUGUCUCGGUCAUUGAGAAAGAAAUGGAGCAGCUGGCCAAGGAGCUGAGACAGGAGAAUGACCCUUGGGUACUGGCAGGCUGACGUGGGGCUCUUUUUGGAAAGGUGCUUAGCCAGAUGACCAUCUGCUGCUUCGAGGCCCAGCAGCUCAGCCUUGCCAAUGUGUGGAAGCUGCAACCAAUGCUGAAAAUGUGGAUGGAGGAACUAGACACCAAGAAAUUUCUGGGGUUAUGUAGAAUGGAGAUGAUCCUGCAGCAGGCUUGAAAGUGGAGAAGGCAAGCAGGGAGAGAGAGGCACUUUGGAAACAACCUGGAGAAACUCUUCCUGCUGUGGCCAAAUGUCACACCCCACCAAAUCAGCUGCAUUGCUGGAAAGCUUUGGCUGCCCAGGAACCUGGUCCAAGUUUGGUUUUAUAACCAGAGCAGGAUGGGCAGCCUGUCAACUAAUGAUUUCUCCUCACAGGAGGAGGUGGGGGUGCCAGUUCCUUUCCCACGGGGAACAGUGUGCUUUCCACUAGCACUGGGGCUUCCUUCUGGUUCCCCCAACUACAGGGGACCUUGCUUUAUACCCUCAUACUCCUCAGGCCCCUUCCGUGGGCAGGGAACCCUCCUCUCUGCCCUGGACACCACCCAGGUUCUUCUGAGGCUCCCCAGCCCUUCUGGGAGAGUCAAGAUGAGGAAACUGAUCCCUAGGAUUCACGUUAGGGCUUUUAGUCUUAAGUUCUCCAUUCACUGUCUGAAGAAGUUAAGAAUACACAUGUAG